AUGAAUAAACAAUUAGGUAUUCGCAUGUUUUCAACUAUAGGUGCUAAAAGCUAUAAAGCUUACAAGGCCCCAGAAUUCUGGAGGGCAAGUUCCCAUUAUAUGAGGGCUGGUAAUAAGAAUUGGCAUCGUUAUUAUCAUGAUCGCAAUUCUUUUGGAUCAUGGAGUUAUGGCCCAUGGGCAUGGAAGGGCUAUCAUCAUCAUCAUCAUCAUGGACAUCGUCGUGGAGGCUUUUUUGGAUACUUAUUUGUUGGUUUGAUUGGUUUUUGGUUUGGUUACCACACUGAUAGUAAAGAUUGGAGAAGACAUCAUCAAGAGCGUUUGGAGAGAUUCCAUAAGAAUAAAGAGGAAUGGAACAAAGAAUGGAAUAAUGCGGAAUGGGGGUUUGGUAGAAAGAGACAAGAACAACCUCAAUUGGAACAGCCACAAGAUGAUAACAGCAUGAAGUCAUUACCUGACCAGUCAAGCUCAGAUCAUGGAACCAAUUAUGGUUUAUGGAAGAGUUAG